UGGCACACACUCACCAGCUCCUCUUUGCCCUGCAGCUUCACACACCUGCCUGCACGGCUGCAGUCGUGUCAUGUUUCAACGAUGAGGCAACCACUGACCAAUGAGAUGCGGUGAGAACGGUUAAGAAGCGUGGUGGGAACUCUCCUCCCAUCUCUUCUCUCUCUCUCUCUCUCUCUACCUGGGAACCGAGGCAGCCUCAGGGAGGGGCCGCCCAGCCGCCUGCUGUCUGAAUGAACACUAAACAAAAACUCGCACCAACAGAUGAUGACAUGACGAAAAUAAAGCAUGGAUCUUAUUUUUCCACCWGACGAAAACACAAAACUGGAAAAUUAGAGAAUGAGCUCCUGUGAUGCWACUAACAAUACAUCUUUUAAGAUAUUCUUUAGAAUUGCAGACGUGUUUGGAUUGUUUGCUGUUGAUCAAAACCAAACUGGGCCAAUCUUCUGCUGUGGUCUCAUAUUUGACUUUUGGAUACUUUGGUGAACAAAGAAGUUUAUGGUUAACUGCAAGGUGUUUUUUCAAGUGUGUGUUUUGUUGAACUGAGCCCAAAUCAAAAUGGAUGACUUCGAGUACAGCGUGGAGAUCAGUGAUCGGGACUGGAAGUCCUUCUUUGCGGAGUGCGAAGAGUGUAGUCUACUUCCUCCUUCAUUAGCAGGUAUAGACGAUUCAGGGAUGAGUGACAUGGAGGAGCACUUUCUUGCUCAGAGGAUGCAGAAAGUUAACUCAACGCCAAAUUUCUCAAAAAAUGACCUCCUUAGCGACAACCCCCUGAACUGUGUGGGGUCUCCUGUGCAGCACAGCUUUGGUAAACAGGGACUUGGAGUUGACAGCAUUCUUUCGGGCAGCGAGGAGGACAUACACAUGCAGACUAUCAAUGUGUUUUUUGAAAAGCUGAAAGGUCUCACCGAGGUUCGGCCAAGCCAACAGAGAGUUGGAAACAAUAAAGGGUGGAAACAAGAGGAGGAGGCUGACGGGCGAAAAGCCAGUGGGACUUGUCCCAAGUUUAAAGCACAGCAUGACGGGGCUGAGGUGGGAUUUGGGAAAGAGACCGUCGAGCCUGUCGACACAAUCAGAAACUUAAACACAAAGAAAAUCGUUGAAGCCGAGUCCGACCUUUCCUCGCAGUCUGCAACCUGCAGUAAUUCUGCAUCCAAAUCAGCUGAAACUGAGUUAUUUAUUGGAGAGGAAACGUUAACCCCAAAUAAUGAGAAAACACAGCGGAGUCAGCUUCAAGACUCACAUGAAAGGGCUGUUUGCUCUGAAACGACCCCUCCAUCCUACAAAGUGGAAAUGUGCAGGAGUAUGGAUGACAUUAACCAUGAAGGCUGGCUGAAGCAUCAGGAAAUUCUCAGUAAGAAGUACGGUUUGAGGAAGGACCACGUCCCUCAGGAGCUGUCGCCAUCUGUCUCCACGAAGAGGAAGAGGAGAAAGAAAAGACGACUCAGCAUGGAGGUGGAUGAAGAUGAAACACGCGAGAGGCAUGCUUCAGCCAAGCAGAGUGACUCGAAGGAGGAGCUGCGUACGUUCAAAGAAGGAGGAACGCAUCUGUGUUUUUCUCAGGAGGCAUUCGAUUAUUUUAAAGAACCACCAACAAAUCUGACGUGCUUUUACGCGUCCAAUCCAGUCAUCAAUAGUUUUACAGGAAAUUUAUUCGCUCAGGACACCAAAAAUGAGUUUCCUCAAUCUGUUUCCCCAAGUGAGAGUCGAAGCCAACAUUUGCAUCCGAGUAGAUCCACAGAAACAAGCGCUGCUGAAAAUCAUUCAACUAACCUCAGAUCAGAACCACAGCUAAGUCAAAAUGAUGAUGAUGUUACGUCUGCAGCAAUCAGCCGUCCAAAUGAGGCAACAAACGUACAAACAUGCAACAAAUUACYGGGAAGGAAUCCAGUUUUUUGGCCACCAGUUUCUGAAGGAGGAAGAGAAAAAUCUGAAAGUUCGAAUCAGGAUGUGAAAACAAGAGAGCUUGAUAGAAUGAAYACGUCUGUCAGUAACUGUGAAGAAAAACUAAAUUUGAAGCGUUCAACACCAGAGGUCAAAUCAGUCAGUCUGCUACCACGUGGAGAGUCAUGUGCUCCUGGUGUGGAAGUCCGCCAAAAUGAGAAGCCAUCUACUGCUAAGUCAGUCUUGGCUGAAGAGGCUGGAAAUCCGGGCCAAGAAGAGCCCACGCUGUGUCAAAGUGAGGCUGAGCCCCAACAACAGCUGGAAAACCACUGUCACAACACAAAUCAAGGCCUCACUAUACUGAACAACUCUCACCUUUCUGUGUUUUYAACUCAACCAGGGGCAUGUUUGCUCCCAGAUGAGAGUUCUGACAAAGAUGCCUGCACUAAUUUAAAGAUGAACUGGAAGAAUCAGCCAUCUAUUUGCUGCUUGUCUGAAAAUCUGCCAGACRAAACAAAACAGGAAAUGGGCUGUCCUAUGGAGGCUCAAACUUCUGAUAUUUUAUCAAAGAGUCACACAGAAAUGGAAAAAACUCAGCUAGAACCGUCACAAAAAUUGAAUUUAACAAGUCAGAGUCCAGAAACUCAAGUUUCCUUGUCUGAUGAAGUAAAAGUAAGUUCUUUAGAGGGCACGUAUGUGCCGUCAGGCUGCACUCCGGAUGCAAAAUCUGUCAUUUUAAACUCUAAUGAAGACUUCACAGACAUGUCACCAAGUUUGUGUUUAUCUGCCACAGAGCAUGAAUCGGUUCAAGCAGACCAAAAGGAACAUGACUCRGUAAACGUUGAUGACAAAGAAGAAGCUGCACCUGGAGCUACAAACCAAAAAGAACUGAAGAGUGAUUUCUUAAGUAAAGCAGAGGAAACUGCAUCUGAAGGUCUAGACAAACCUGAAAAGACGGAGAACUCUGUGUUUGCCAUGUCCUCUUUUUGGAAUGAAAUGGAGAAACUGACAAUAAACGAUAUUUUGGGUUUAAAAAAGCUCAGUAAAGCAGCUCGGCCAGGACCGCUCCCAGCUCUGCAGGAAAGUGAGGAGACCGAUGUGUUUCCUGUGGCUGAUUCAGGCCUUUUUACCCCAAUGGAAGAAUCCAAACCUGAACAAACCCCUGAAGUAAUUAUUACUGAUUCUUCUGCUUUAAAAUCUGUGAGCUGGGAGAAUGAACCUGUCCCAGUGAGCCCAGGUGCUGAUAUUAACCUGGAGAGUCCUGAGUCCGUUUCUGACGCAUCUCAACCCUUUCUGACUGAAAUGGGUCCAAAGUGCCUCAGAAAAAUUGCCAAAACUAUCAGUGUGCACAACUUACAAGCUCUGGAUUCUAAGUCUUUGAGCUACAGGUGCAGUGCGGGAAUGAUACAAAUUUUGGAGGAUAAAAAAUCAGAACGUUUGGAGUAUUUGACUGAGAAGGCUACACCAGUGGAAGACGAAGAAAGUCAUUUUUUACCUUCAUCCUCCACAGAUAGCUACAGCUUCUCUUUCUCUGAUAUUUUUCAGUACCUCUUUGGGGGAAAGCAGGAGGAAGUUUCUAGCCAAUCAGUCACAGAUGAUCCAACCUCCUGCUACACCAGCGGAAACUCUGUCCCUGAAACAUACGACCACUUCUUCUCAGAGUUUGACGGUGAAAGCUUCUUUUAUCCACUCACAACAGCAGAAGAGGAAAACAAAGACAAGGCCGUUCCCAUAUACUCGUAUUCUCGCUCGACUACAAAAAAUAUACAGUUCCCAGAGGCCUACGAGCAUUUCUUUGCAUCUUCCUCCUCUGACGACUCUUCAGUGGAAUCUGAUGAAGAAGAUAUCGUCAGCCCUGUGAAGGUGGUGAGCAGGUUCACUCGUACGGCGAGCUCCACACAGCUGUCCAAAGACAUGUACGAGGAUUUCUUCUCAGACAAAGACCUCAGAGAGAACCUUUUCUCCUUAAAGUCACUCUCCUUCAGGAAAAUUAAUUUCUCAGCCCCYGCAGACCAAACUCGGAACCCAAACUCCCUCGUACCCAUGAGGCAGACUCACCAGUACACGCUGAAGAUCGGUGCUCCGCUCAACGUGACGGGAGACCAGGAGGUGUUUCCCAAUCCUCUGCUCUACAACUUGGAGGACAGGAUGUCCAGACAGCUGGCACUGGAGCCUUUCACACACGAGGAGUUGCAGGCGACUGUUUCAGAUCCACGGUUAGAUGUCCCAUUCCUGCCGCUGCAACAGUCAGACAUGUGUCUGGUUUGUAUUGCGUUUGCUUCAUGGGUGCUGAAAACUGCAAACCCACAAGUGGGAGACGCCUGGAAGGCUGUUCUGCUGGCGAAUGUAAGUGCUCUGUCAGCCAUCCGAUACCUGCGUAAAUACGUCAAGGCCGAAUCAGCAGCCAGUGAGAAGAAAUCACAUCUGAAGGCUCUGACAGAUUUUUGAUCGUUCUGCCACUAAAUGUCAUUAUUGAUUUUUUUUUCUAUGAGCCACUGUAAACCUCUGCAGGAACUCAGUCCUCAGAAGAAACCUCUCCUGUAUGUGUUGGGUCAUGUUUGCACUAGAAUUGCUUUUCUUAGGUAUCUCUUCACAGAAAAUGUGUCUCRUUAACAUUUUGGUUGACUUUAAAUCUCUUUAAUUUGAAAGCRUUUGUAUAAAGUACCGGACGACCAAAGGCAGGCUUUGUAAAUAUUGUUCAGUWUGUUUUGAAGGGGAGAAAAGAGGCAGGUUAACUCUGAGCUGUGUAGAUAAUAAUAGAUGGAUGUGUGAUAAAAUAGAUUAACUUGAGAUACUUUAAGAAGCAUUAAUGUGCCUUUGUUCCUGUUUGUUUUUAUUUCAUUACUUUUAUGCUGCAUAAGCUUUUAUUUUGAAGUUUGUAAAAUAUUCUCCCCACUAAUUUGUUACAUUAAACAUAGCAAUAUAAUAAUUUCAUUAAACCAAAAGAACAAUUUACUUUAAAAACUGAUCUG